UUGCUUAUAAGAGGUCGGCGGGUCAACAAAAAUGUGUUAGUGUUCUAGUACGUAGACUUGGAAAAUAUUAUUCGUCAUCAUGGUUUUUGCUCUUUGGCUUUAAAUAUAGUCUUGUUUCGUAUGCAUGUGAAGAAUUAUAAGACUCAGAGCAAAUUCCAUGCCCCUUCUUGAAAUUCUUCUAACCACUCUGUUCUAAGUGGAUAUGUAUAUAUAUGCAUGUAAACGGCUCUGCAGGACACAUAUCAGAAAGUACUCACAUUUAAGUUGUAAGAGAAAGUCAUGCACUGUGGACAGAGUUCAAAUAUCAAAUUUUGGACAGAUAUACAUCCCCAGCCAGCAAGUGCAAUCAUAUGCAAAUGCAAAGCCAAGAUUUCGUUUGAAGAGACUUACAAUAAAAUCCAAUGAUUUAAAUAAGAUUAAACAAAUGAGUGAUUCUUGGCAACCCACCCCAAACCAUGUUAGCUAUGGAGGACAGUUUGUUGAAAUUUCUAGUGAUGAAGACAGUGCCACUGAAGCCUGGCAGGAGAAUUACAGUAGGGAGUCCACGAGUUGUGCUAGUCAAUCUCUGAACUCUUCAAAUAUUCCACCAGAUUUUCGGUUCUGGGAGUCAACUGGCAAAAGUACUAAAUACAGCAAUGGUAACCCACUGACGUUUCGGGUGCUGUCAUACAACGUAUUAGCGCAGUAUCUGUUAGAAUGUCACCCGUACUUGUACACAGAGUGCACGCCUCAGAACUUGAAGUGGAAGGUCCGAGCAGCGCGACUGUAUGACGAAAUAUUGAAGUUAGCGCCCGACAUUUUAUGUCUCCAAGAAGUACAAACAUCUCAUCUAAACAGUUUUUACUCUAAAUUCGAGAAAAUUGGUUACUGUGGAAUAUUUAAAAGAAAAACGGGAUUUCGGCAUGAUGGAUGCGCUAUUUAUUUCAAACACUCGCUUUUUGAAAUGCAAGACACUGUCAGUGUGGAGUUCUACCAACCGGAGCUUCCGAUCCUCAACCGCGACAACAUAGGCAUGAUGGUGAAGCUGGUCCCGCGGCGCUGCCCCGACACCCCCAUAGUGGUGGUCACCACUCACUUGCUCUACAACCCUAAGCGCACCGACGUCCGGCUGGCUCAGAUGCAGUUGUUGCUGGCCGAGAUUGACAGAUUUGCCUAUUUCAACAAUGGGAGAGAAUCGGGUCAUAUACCCGUGAUACUGACCGGAGACUUUAACUCGACGCCGGACAGUGCUGUCGUCAGACUGCUCGACAAGGGACACGUAAGCGCCAGUCCGUUCCGGGACAGCUCGGAUUGGAAGAAAAUUGGUGUGACGGAUAACUGCCAACAUCUCUCCGUUUACUUGAACCGGUCCAAAGGGUUGCCUACUGAUUUUUGCAUGACAAAGAUAUACAAUUCUGAAUACCGUUCCAAUUUGCCCGAGCUCGAGGAUGGCUCGGCCAGUCGCGGCGACGAGUACGGCGAGCUGUUCAACAGCGGCGCGCUCGGCCACGCCUUCAACCUGGCGUCGGUCUACGACAAGAUCAAGCACGACGGCAGCCACGAGGCGACCACCUUCCAGGACUACUGGGUCACGGUGGACUACAUUUAUUUUAGCUGCUGCAGCAGCUUGAAGCUAGUGGAGAGGCUGCGGCUGCCGACAGCGGCCGAAUGCCAGGCGCUGGGCAAGCUGCCCAACGACGUGUACGGCUCGGACCACCUUGUACUAGGAGGGACCUUCGAACUUAAGUCAGUUAAAUCUUCCUUAUAACGUAUCCUUCAACAUAAUUAAUAAAAAUUACGACCAGCGAACAAUACUUUUUAUAGUAGCGAUAAGCAUAAUUACUGUCGCACGCUGGCAUUUUAGUGUGGAUCCAAAUCUACUGACGUGAAGUAUUUGUAAAGACAUAGGAAGUGCUCCUGGUCCCAGUAACAUGUCUGUGAACAUGAUUUGAGUACGUUAGUAGGGUAGAAAACACUGCCACUUAUGUUACUUAAUAAAUUGCUUCACUUGUUAUUAUGAAUCAGCUGGGUCUCCUGUCAAGUGUAUAAUAUUAAUAUAUCAUACUGAUUAGGACACUAACUUUUAAUAAUCCCACUCUGUAUUAUUAACAACAUAAGGACUUUUGAAAUAUAUUGGAAUUGUUCGUAUACAUCAAACUAGAUUCUAGACAGGAAAAAAAAAAACUAUUUAUUGACACAUGCAUUGUCAACAUCGAAGAAAAGGUAAUGAACAUGUUAUAUACUAAUCAGACACGAUUUUAUUGGGUUGACAACUUGCAUGCUGUGGCCCCCUGGAGUUGCAAGCUUCCAUAUUUAGCUAUAUUUAUAUUUAUUUGUAGUUUAUUUUAUUUUCACCGAAGUUUCAUAUAAAAUUUGUGCAAAAUUUCAAUGACCAGACAGGGGCACUUCUUAGGUUUUUAUCUAUUUUAUAAUGUACAUACGAAGUUGUGAGAAAAUAGGGUAUUAUUACAAUGCUUGGAGGUGUAGUCAGGGUGAAAAUAUUUUAUUGUUAAUGCCAUUGCCAAUAGAAAAGUAAAUGUCUAAAAAUAC